UGGGGGUGUGACGUAAUACUGACUCUGCGUUUCUGCUCUUGAUUAUAUACCAAGAGCAUGCACGGUAUUAACGUUGUAUAAACGUAAACUGACCGUGUUGUGUGAGUCUUGCUUGCUAUGCAUGUUGUCACAUGACACCCUUUUGAAUGAUGCGCCCGUUCCAUCUCAAAUGAUUAUCCGGUUGGAAAAUUUACAGGCGCCUGGUUUUAGGCGUGGAGCGUAAAAGAGCUGCGAGAAACCGCGUCUCGCUGCGCGGAAUCCGCCCGGCAGAGCCACUCAUCCACUCUGACUGCCUGCGUCCGCCCCGUCUCCCAAGACAAUGGGUGCGAAAAUGAGCAAGAAGAGGAAGGGGAGAGGCGACGCCGACGAGGCCAAGAGCCAGACGGAGCAGACGGAGCAGGCGGGCAACGCGGAGGGCGCAGGCGAGGAGACCGGGAGCCAGGACGCGGUCGAGGCGGGAGGCCCCGAUGAGAACGCGGCCAGUGAGGCCGCGGACGCCGCAACGGGCGGAGGAGCGGUCGCCGCCGAGGCCGACGAAGGCCCUCGUCGGGCAGCUCAGACGGCCGCAGAAUCCCCCAGCGAGGACGCGGACCCUGGAGCGGGAGCCGAGGGAGAGGCCGCGCCACCGGAGGUGGACCCCGAGGCUCGGUCAACGCAGACAGAGCGGGCGGGAGACGCCGCGGCCGAGAGAGCUGCGGCCGCGGACACGGCGGCAGCGAAGGAGCUCGGAGCACUGCCCGGGCACGAGAGCGAGAAGCGGGCGGGAGCAGCCAGCGGUUUGCCCGCGGAGUCGGCGUCGUCCGAGCAGAAGCCGGGCUCUGGGCGGCCCGCCAGCGACGUGGGGUCGCACCGGAGCGGGCAGGCGGCGGAGGGAUGCCGACCGAACCCCGGCGAGGCAGCCGCAGCUGCAGCCGAGAGCCCCGAGUCCUGCGUUGGCGACACGGGGCACGGGGCGGCUACUCGAGCGCCGGGCAAGGAAGGCGCCGCUAUCGCGGCGGGGUCACCGCCGGGGGUAGAGACGCAACCGCAACGCGCGGGCCGGGCCGUGUCCCCAGGCCCUGGCAAGCCGCCACAGAUCGCGCCCAGCUCAAGCUCCGGAUCCGACGCAGGCACUUUCGCCGUUAAAUUGGAAUCAAAUGCGGAGCGCGUCGAGAAGGAGGAGGUGUGGGUGAGGAGGGAUGCGGUGGAGUCGACGCACGCGGCAGAAAAACCCAAACGGAAUUCCCACCACGACGGCGGGGAUUCCACGGCGCCCGAACCCGAUCCGAUUAUCCCGGUCGCAGCGGAGGCCAUCACGAUGGCAAAGGAGCCAACUCCACCGCAGGGGGUCACCGAGAGCCAGGGUCGGGGCUUCGAGGACAAGCGUUCGUCGGCGGUGGCUGCGAAAACGCCCACGGCGAUCGCAGCUCCCUCGACGAAGUGCCACGCCGAGACGGAUUCCGUCCGGGGCAGUGAAAUCGCAUCGGCGCUGGAGGUUGGCGAAAAGGCGACAUCGCCGCGGGCGAACGAUUGCGCGCAGACGGCGGCGGCGCAAUUGGCAACUCAGGGGACUGGUGACGAGGUGGCGGCCAAGCCGGGCCCUCGGGGAUCCGCUCCGCAGGCGACGGAUGGCGUCGCGGUGUCGCCGGGAACUCCCGAUGGCGUGGGGGCUUUAGCGGUGACAGGCGAGGGGGUUCCCGCAUCCCCCGGGUCGCGGGGGGGCGAACAGCAGCCCCCCCCUGCGGCCCCCCGAGUAAACGACCGCGGUGGCAGCGGCCAGGCGCCAGCAGCGGCGGGGGCCGUGGCGGAUUCGUCCACGGAUGCCGCGCGCACGAACGGGGCCUUGGAUCAAGGAGUUGACGACGACGAUGUGGGAUCUGCAGGCGCCGCCGCUGUUAGUGGUGGCGCUAGUGCCGGUGGUGGCGCUGCUGCUGCUGCUGAUGCUGGCGGUGGUGGUGGUGAUACCAAUGGACACCACCGCUGCGAUGAUGUCAACGGUGAUGGCACCGCCAGCGCCAAUGAUGAUGGUGGUGGAGUGCGUGGUGAAGGUGGUGCUGUAGCGCCAGCACAAGAAGCCAAAGCCGUCGACGAGACCCAUUGUCAGACGUCACCUCAAGGGGAUCAGGUCGUUGUUGAUGGUCACCCCAAAGCCCCCUCGCGUCGCAAGGGGAACAGAGGAGGAGGAGGUGGUGGAGAAGAUGUGGAAGAUGCUGAAGUUGAGGAGGUGGUGGGAGGAGAUGGGGUGGCCACGGCGGGGAAUUUGAUCGAAUUUUAAGGGAAGCGGUGACUUCUGAGCAGCCUGCUGUUGAAAUUCGAAUGAAAAUGAAAUGGCAAGAGACUCUUAAAUACAACACCAGAUGCGCCAGUGACUGCUCACUACAUCACAACGCUUGCACACGUCACUCUGUGUUUUCAUUCCCUUAUUUAUACAAACUCCCUCCCGUUUCUCUGCGUCUCUUGCCUCUGUAUCCAUCUGCAUGCCGGGUAGUGACACGACAGCCACUUGACAUGCGGUAGUAGUAGUGAUAAUAAUACGACUAACGACCAAUUCCUACCUUUUUACGGGACGUUAAAUGCGUGCUCCAUACUCCCAUCCCACCACCCCCUGGGCAGCUGCAAAGAUCACCGCGACUGGAGGCACGGGUGGCGUUUGACCACGAAAGAAGUGAAGGGCGAACCGAACGUGAAACCUCCCUCGUCUGGAGCAAUGCUCUCACGUUUCCGCCGACCAAACACGAGCCGCCAGCGUGCGGCCCGAACUCCAGUGUUGUGCCGGCCAAGCAGAGACCCAUUAAGAGUCCUGUGCGUAUCUUUCAGUGACGGCGACAGAAAUAAAUGAGCGCGCUAACGUCGCUCCCCAACCCCCUCCCUCCCGCCUAGUACCCGACCAGUGCGGCCAAGAUGCUCGCAGCGACGUUGGCGGGGCCGUUUCGAAUCGCUGGGCAUCACGUGGCCACGGGCCGUGUGAUGCCCAGCGAUUUUGUCUCUCCUCCAGCGACUCCCCCCCCGCCUCCUCCUCCUCCUGGUUCGGCACUCCGCCUGGGUUCGGCACUUGUGUUGGCUCUUCACGUUUUGCCGGCUACAACGCCACACGCGGCUACAUCAUACAGCUCCUUCUCCGAAAGUCCAGUGGCGUGGAUCGCAUGCCCCGAGCCUCCCCAAGCCCACAACUCCAAUUCCCUUCUCAGCCUGUCGCCUGCGUGGGCUCCCUCCGACUCACUUGUUGGCAUUGGCGCAGUUGCACCGCCUGUACCCUCCGUAGCCUACUCCGUAGCCUACUCCGUAGCCGACUCCACUGUUGUAGUCCCAUUCUGUGCUGUAGAUGGGCGAACCCGAUUAGAGGUCGCAUAGUGCGUGACAUUCCGGUGGUUUCAACUCCUGUAAACCGUAUACCACUUUUACCGGUUUUAUCUAUCACUUAGUCUGUAGUAGUGCCGCUUUCAAAUGCAAUGUAGUAACGACGCGAAUAACUGGACGGUUCUAUUAAACACUCCUUACAAUA